AGCUUAAAACUAUAAAGAAUUUGGAUUUUUUUUUGGGAAAUUAUAUAAGAAAAAUAAUCGCUGUUAAUGUGUUUCUUCAAGGAACGAACGCAUUAAAAUUUUAUUUUUGUUUGUUUGCAUGUAAAGAAUGUCUCAUGAUACAAACAAAAAAAUUGGAUCGUGAAGCUGUACGUUCUGUUAUACAACAAUGGAAUGCAAAUCGUUUAGAUUUGUUUGCCCUUUCCGAACCAGAUGAGAAUUUACUUUUCCACGGUGUGAUGCGUUUUUAUUUUCAAGAUGCUGGUCAAAAGGUUGCUACCAAGUGUAUACGUGUUGCAUCAGAUGCUACUGUUACAGAUGAAUUGGUAAGUUGA